AUGCUCGGCACGACACAACCAUCAGCAUUUGUUCCACCAACAUCCAUGUGGAAUCCAGUGGGUUUCCUCGGUGGUACUCAACCAUUACCCACUCUUCCACCACCACUCAUUCACCCCCAACAUCAACCAUUACAACCACCGAUGUUCAACCUGAAUCAGCGUGAAUCCCCAUCGAUGGAGUCACCCGAAAUGCAACGAUACGGCGACUCGCCUCGAAGUUUCAACCAAAGUGAAUUACUGGAUGAAUAUCUGAUUGAUGAGAUCCUCUCGUUGGAGGACGAGCAGCGCACUCGGGGCAGCAAACCACACCAAACACCGCUGACCGCCCCGUACUCUUGUGCAGACAAUUUGACGAAUCUCUCCUCGCAAGGAAGACCGAUUCCCGGAAACAACUCUUCAGACUGGAGUAAAGAAGGUGGUUCAGGCCACUCAGGCUCACCCGUCGGAAUGGGAAUCCCAGGCGCGAUGCAAUUCCGCCACGUCGUCUCCUCGUCAGCUCCCUCCUCAUCGGAUAUGGAUCAAUUGGUACGUGGCUCGUCGCAAGGACCCGUUCCCAGUGCCGAUGAUCCGGAACACUACCGCGAUCGCAGAAAGAAGGACAUUCACAAUAUGAUUGAACGCCGUCGUCGCUAUAAUAUCAACGACCGAAUCAAAGAAUUAGGAGUUAUGCUGCCUAAAGGAGCCUCCGAAGAGAUGAAGUUAAACCAAGGGACGAUUCUCAAAGCAUCUUGUGACUACAUUCGACAAUUGCAAAAGGAUCGAGAUAGCAUGAUUAAACAACAGCAACAACAAAACAAAUUGGAAAACGCUGCGAAACAAUACGCCGAUCGAGUCAGAGAACUCGAGGAGAUCUUGGCGAAGAAUGGCCUCAACGCGCCUACCAAAGCGCUUCCUCCACUCCCAGCCAUCCCCUCCGCUCCUCGACCAAUCAAACAGGAGAUCGAAGGGAGUCGAAAUCAAACCCCAUGCGGAUCACUUUCCUCAUCGGGUUUUAUGUCACAACUCUCUGACAAGACGGCUGCGAUCGCCUCGCCGCUAGAACGGAUCCAUUAUGGAUCCGAUCAAUUCUUUCGCUCAAGUCCACAAGAUUAUCAGACGCCACAAUGGAGAUACCGCCCCGACAGCCACAAAGGGAUGCACCACGGGCCAUUCCCCGAUUUGAUCAUGGAGUCGUGUCUUGAGAACAAUCCACUCCUCCACUCGGACCCGUUGAUGUCACAAGCCGGUAGCCCGUCGCCAAACCUUGCCGCCAGUCAGAUGAGGCCCGAUAUCUCGUGGGAUCCAUCGAAUUUCAGCCCCGACGGGAACACCCAACCGAUGCACGCCAAUCACAAUAUGGACUAUUCA